AUGCCUCCAAAGAAGCAGCAGCAGCAAGCUCCAAAGAAGAAGGAAAAUGUCGACAAGACAUUUGGUAUGAAGAACAAGAAUAGAUCUACCAAGGUCCAAAGAUUCAUCAAGCAGGUUCAGACCCAGUCAGAUCCUAAGAAGGAGGAGUUGAAACAAAAGAAAUUGGAAGAGAAGAAGAGAAAAGAAGCUGAAGAAGCAGAGCGGAGAGCACUUUUCAACGCAGCUUUGGACCAAAGAGUGGGUCAUGGUGUGGACCCAAAAUCUGUGGUAUGUGUCAUGUUUAAGAUGGGUAAUUGUAACAAGGGUUCAAAAUGUAAGUUUUCACACGAUUUGAACGUGGGUCGUAGAGUGGAAAAGAAAGAUUUGUACCAAGACUCUAGGAAAGAACAAGAACAAGAUACUAUGGAUAAAUGGGAUGAAGACAAGUUGAGAAGCGUUAUCUUUUCAAAACACGGUAACCCAAGGACGACAACUGAUAAGGUGUGCAAAUAUUUCAUCGAAGCUGUGGAAAAUGGGAAAUACGGCUGGUUCUGGGUUUGCCCCAACGGCGGUGAUAAAUGUAUGUACAAACACGCUCUGCCGGAAGGGUUUGUACUAAAGACCAAGGACCAGAGGAGAUUAGAGAGAGAAGCAGAAGAAUCUCAACCAAGAAUUACAUUAGAAGAAUUUAUUGAAACUGAAAGAGGAAAAUUGGAUAAAACAAAAUUGACACCUAUUACAAUGGAAAACUUUGCUAUAUGGAAGAAGGACCAUGUUACAAAGAAAUUGAACUUAGAAAAGAAAGAACAAGAAAAGAAUAAACCAACAGGUCGUGAAGUCGUUCUGAGAUUAUACAUGGACAAUAAGAAAUUCGAUGAAAAUGAUAUUCAUGAUAUGACGAAGGGAUCUGAAAUUGACCUGACUGAAUUCAAGAAGGCUCUUAAGGAUGCUGAUGAUGAUGGUAUCAAAGAUUAUGGUGAUGGUAGUAACCCAACCUUUGAAAUCAAACCUGCAAAGGUGGAGCCAAAGACUGCAUCUGCCUAA